AUAUUGAUAACACACGAAUCGUACUCGUAGGCUGUAGUGUAAAAGUGUCAAAUCAAACAAAUCACAAAUGUCAAUUUGUUAAAAUUGCUUAACCAAUAAUGCAGAUUUUAUGUGUUUUAGUUCACUUAUUACGUUUAUAGUUUCAAAUAUUUAGAAACUACGGUUGUUUAGUUUUAUGUUAAGUUGUUCCAUUUUGUUUUUCCUUUGUGGUAGUAAUUGUGGUAUUAUGGUUGUGUAUAGUUUUAUUUUGACAGUAAAUGUAAACAUUGCUAAUUUUUAUCAACAUCUAAACAUUUAGUUAAAACAUUCAUGAUUAAUCGUUGUUAAUCAUAGUAAGACGUGAGUACGAUCUUUGAAGCAAUAGCAAAUAAACACACAAAUGGCCAGUAUUAUUGAGCAAACUCCAAUUUCUGCUCUAAACUCUAGUGAUUUGUUAGAAAAGGAUCAAACGGAAAAAAAUGUUAAGAAGAAAGAUUACUCCAGCACUCGAGGCAAGUUAAGUUUAGUUAGUCCAUCUGAAGAGCAGUUCGAAACAUUGGAACAGAAACUCAAAGAUUUAUUAGAAGAUGGUCACGGGGAAACUAUAUUUGACAUAGGUAUUGGAGAUGAUGGAAGUGGUUUAACCAAUGAUGAAUGUGAAGCAUCUGUGGCUACAUUACACUCAUUAGCUGCAACACAAGAAGCAGACUGUGUUCUUCUUAGGGAAAAGAAUGACAAUGGGUUAACUGCACAAUACCUAGUCCGUAAACGAUUAGAAUCUCAAGACUUCCUUGAAAUAAGGGUGGCGGUUGUAGGUAAUGUUGAUGCUGGCAAAUCGACCUUAUUAGGUGUUUUAACUCACGGUGAAUUAGACAACGGUCGUGGGCAUGCUAGAUUAAAGUUAUUCCGACACAAACAUGAAAUGGAAUCAGGUCGUACAAGUUCAGUAGGCAAUGAUAUUCUUGGUUUUGAUAGUACUGGAAAAGUAGUAAAUAGACCUGAACACGGAUCUUUAGAUUGGGUAAAAAUAUGUGAAAAAUCCACCAAAGUUAUUACUUUUAUUGACUUAGCUGGUCAUGAACGUUAUCUGAAAACUACUGUGUUUGGUAUGACUGGACAUAUGCCAGAUUUUGGCAUGCUUAUGAUUGGAGCCAAUGCAGGUAUAAUUGGAAUGACCAAAGAACAUUUAGGCUUAGCACUAGCCCUUAGUGUUCCAGUAUUUGUGGUCGUUACGAAAAUUGACAUGUGCCCUCCAAAUAUUCUCCAAGAUACUUUACGAUUACUGGUUCGUAUACUCAAGUCUCCUGGCUGUAGAAAAGUGCCAGUUAUGGUUAAAACAAAAGACGACGUUAUUGUUAGUGCUACUAAUUUUGUAUCUCAAAGGCUUUGCCCAAUAUUUCAAGUUUCUAAUGUAAAUGGUGAAAAUUUAGAUUUACUAAAAAUGUUUUUAAAUCUUUUGACUACUAGAGUCAUGACCACUGAUGAUGAACCGGCAGAAUUUCAAAUUGAUGAUACAUAUUCUGUGCCAGGUGUUGGUACAGUUGUUUCUGGUACAACGCUUAGAGGAACAAUUCGUUUAAAUGAUACUUUGAUGCUUGGACCUGAUCCCGUUGGUCAAUUUAUAGCUAUUACAGUUAAAAGUAUUCACCGCAAAAGAAUGGUUGUUCGUGAAGUCAAAGCGGGUCAAACAGCAUCCUUCGCAUUAAAAAAAAUUAAACGGUCCCAAAUUCGGAAAGGAAUGGUAAUGGUUUCUCCAGCCCUAAACCCAUCAGCCACAUGGGAGUUUGAUGGAGAGAUUCUUGUUUUACAUCAUCCAACAACUAUAAGUUCACGCUACCAAGCAAUGGUUCAUUGUGGCAGUAUUCGCCAAACAGCAUCCAUAUUAAGUAUGUCAGAAGAUUGCUUAAGGACAGGAGAUAAAGCAAAAGUGAGAUUUAGGUUUAUAAAAUACCCUGAAUACUUAAGACCGGGACAAAGAUUAGUGUUCAGAGAAGGUAGAACAAAAGCAGUAGGCAAUGUUUUAUCUGUCCCACCACCUACAGGACAAGUAGGUGCUAGACAGUCACAAAAGCCUCAAAAGUUCAAUUCCAGAGGGCAAGGCCAGAUUGUUGGAGAAAAUGAUAAUCACCAAAAUUAUAAGGGAAGAAGAAGAGGUGGUCAGAAGCCUUUAGCUGAACAGAAUACUAGAAUUGUUGAAAAUUCAUAGUACAAUAUUUUUACAGAUAAAAUAAACUAAUUUGUAUUUUAUUGUUUUUGUUAAAUGGUUUGUAUAUUUUUUUAGAUUAUAACUACUUAAAAAAAAACAUAUAACAUGUUCUCCAGUCUCGACAUAAUUGUAAAGAUAAAAUGUUUUUAAUUUAACAAAAAAGUGUUGUGUGUUAUAUUAUUAUUGUUAAUCAAUUUUAUCUUUAUGAUAUUAUUUCUUGAUUUAUGUCUUAAAAAAUCAUUACAUCUUCAGUGUAAAAAAAAACUAUUUUUUUAAUUUAUAAUGUUAAGAAUCUGAAAUUUUUACAUAAUGCUGGAUCCAAAUUUUUUUUAACUUGCGUGGUUGCAUUCUCAAAAAAAAUGUGCCACAUUAAAUAAGUCUAUUGAGUUUGGAUUCACCCAAAUAUAAACAUGUUAAUGUAACUUAAAACUGUAUGUAUAACAAGAAAUUUAUUGCAAAAAUUGUUAAGAAUACGUUUUUAUACAUAGUUUAUUGUCAUAUUGUUAAUGCAUAUAAAUUAUUUUACUCUAAGAGAUGUU